GGAACCUUGGCGCGGUGACGCUAGUUUCCGGCGGGAUACUUAGAGCGCCGAACAGCUCUGGGCCAAAGGACCAUGAGAGGGCCGGAGCUGGGUCCCGAACCAACGAUGGAGGGAGACGUGCUGGACACACUGGAGGCGCUGGGGUAUAAAGGACCACUGUUAGAAGAGCAAGCCCUUACGAAGGCGGCAGAGGGUGGAUUAUCUUCACCUGAGUUUUCAGAGCUGUGUAUUUGGUUAGGCUCUCAAAUAAAAUCAUUAUGCAACUUGGAAGAAAGUAUCACGUCUGCUGGAAGAGAUGAUCUAGAGAGCUUCCAGCUUGAGAUAAGUGGCUUUUUAAAAGAAAUGGCAUGUCCAUAUUCUGUACUCAUAUCAGGAGAUAUUAAAGAUCGUUUAAAAAAGAAGGAGGACUGUUUGAAACUUCUAUUAUUUUUAAGUACAGAACUUCAAGCUUCACAGAUAUUACAGAACAAGAAACAUAAAAAUUCUCAAUUAGAUAAAAAUAGUGAAAUUUAUCAGGAAGUUCAAGCUAUGUUUGAUACACUUGGUAUACCCAAGUCAACAACUUCUGACAUUCCGCAUAUGCUAAACCAGGUGGAAUCAAAGGUGAAAGAUAUUCUCUCAAAGGUCCAGAAAAAUCAUGUGGGAAAACCACUGCUGAAAAUUGAUUUAAAUUCAGAACAGGCGGAACAACUGGAAAGAAUCAAUGAUGCUCUUUCCUGUGAAUAUGAGUGCCGCCGACGAAUGUUAAUGAAACGAUUAGAUGUGACUGUACAGUCCUUUGGAUGGUCUGAUAGAGCAAAGGUAAAAACAGAUGAUAUAGCAAGAAUUUAUCAGCCUAAGCGUUAUGCUUUGUCACCCAAGACGACGAUUACAAUGGCACAUCUACUUGCUGCUCGUGAAGAUCUAUCCAAGAUCAUUAGGACAAGUAGUGGCACCAGCCGGGAGAAGACCGCAUGUGCCAUUAAUAAGGUGCUGAUGGGAAGGGUGCCUGACAGGGGAGGCCGGCCGAAUGAAAUUGAACCACCACCCCCAGAAAUGCCCCCUUGGCAAAAGAGACAAGAAGGCGGCGGUGGAAGGGGUGGUUGGGGUGGUGGUGGUGGAGGUGGUGGUAGAGGAGGUGGUGGGGGUGGGGGUGGGAGAGGUGGCUGGGGGGGUGGAGGAGGAGGUUGGGGAGGUGGUGGGGGAGGGGGAGGAGGGUGGGGGGGAGGAGGAGGAGGUGGUAGAGGAGGUUUCCAAGGCAGGGGAGAUUAUGGUGGAAGAGGGGGUUAUGGUGGAAGAGGGGGCUAUGGUGGAAGAGGCUAUGGAGAUCCAUAUGGAGGAGGUGGUGGUGGUGGUGGUGGUGGUGGAGGUGGAUAUAGAAGAUACUAAAAACUAUAAAAGUUAGAUAGCAGUGCUUGCUUCUUUAUAGAUACAUUAGAAAUAGUGUUCUAAAUAACAUACUUGAAUAUCAUCUUUGAAGUAAAUACCAUGUUAGACUCCCUGGUGAUACCAUUCUUGAAUUGGUUAAUAUGUAAGAACAUUGUUUUUUACUACCAGUUGAUCUCUCAAAUUAAGUGACGACUUUUUCCAUAUUCUAUGUACCCUUGAGCAUGUUGUAUCUUUUUAAAAAACAAAAGAACAAAAAUUAUUUUUUAAAAUGUAAAUAUUUAUUACCAUCAGACUUGGAAAAUGGGAAGUAUUUUAUUGUCAUGAUUGAAUUUAGAUUGUUACCUGUAUUUUGUUCAGGUUUGAGACAUAUAAAAGACCCCACCUGUAAUGGAAAGGAAUAUAGACCCUUAACUCACCUGUAUUGCUGUGGAUGUGUUUUGUGCGUUUUUCAUUCAAUUUUACAAAAUAGGGAAAGGCACUUCCAGUUGUAUUUAGUAGGCAGUUGUUGUGAAUCGUUUUUUUCUCUUAUAGGAGGAGAUUCCUCUCUAGCCAUGUUUCUGUUAAAGUUUCAUUAAUUGAAGCCCAAGUUUACUUUUUACUGUACAUACUUAUUUUCUAAUUGGAUUUGAAAUCAGCAUGAUUUUGUUUGACAAAGCAACGUUUAAGAUUGAGGUCAGAAAUACUUUAAUGGAGCAAAGACACAUACCAACUUUACAUGAUGGUGUGAGAAAUAGUCCUAUAAACUGGUCUCUUCAUCAUUUAUGCUCUCACUUUAGAUAUCCAAAUAUUAAAAGGCAGGCUGACCUGUAUCACACAGAAUUAAGGCAGUAAUUUCCUGCUUCAGUAGAUCAAGGGUAGGGAUGCCGUGGUAAUUCUGAUUCACAGCUAGAUUUGGGAAACACAAAGUUAGGGAAUGGCUAUAUGUGAUUUGCUAGUUGGAGCAGUCAAAGUCUUAGCUAUCAAGAGUUGUGAAUUUGAAUCAUGGCACUAGUUCAGGGGUGCUAUGGAUUGAAAUGACCUUAGUUCUCAAGGAGUGAUUUGUCCUCAUUUUUCAAAUGAGGAAUGAGACACUUACCAUCAUCUCAGGUUGUUUCAUAAAGACCUAAGUACAAAUACAAUUUGUUAAGAACUUACAGAGGGCCUAUUUUGAAUGCUUUAAGAUGUAGGCCAAGUAAUGUAUUUUUCUCUUAGUGUAGAAAGUUAGAGAAAAAGAGCUGGCACCAUAAAUUUUUUAAAUCUCAGUGUAAAAUCUAUAUCUCAUUGUAGACUUCUGGUAAAUACCUAUACAUAACAACUUAAUGUGAUCUAACCAACUCAGCUGAUAGAAAGCUGAAUUGUUCCCAGUGGACAAGUGGUAUUUGAUGUUCAGCAGGUUUUUUUGUUAUUUUUUUGGUAAACUCUGUGGUAAAAUCUAAAAUAAUGUUAAAACCCUAAAAGUAACUAUUGAAUAUUCUGUAAUCUUAGACAUGUAUUUUUCAAGCUAACCCUUUGAAGAAAUGUGUUCAAGGUAGGAAAAUAUAAAAUUUUUUGGUUAUUUGUAAAUUUA